AGCACCUAUCAAAGCCCAAAAUCACCUUGGGUCUGAAGAGCAAUAAAAAUGGCACCUGUGUGACCAAUCUGACAUGCUUCCUGGAACGGGGAGGAGAGGAUGUGACUUACAGCUGGAAGACCCUGGGGAAGACCUCCAAUGAGUCCCAUAAUGGUUCCGUCCUCCCCAUAACCUGGACGCUGAGGGAAAAGGACAUGACCUUCAUCUGCAUGGCCAGGAACCCCAUUAGCAGCAACUCUUCAAACCCCAUCUUUGCCCGGAAGCUCUGUGAAGGUACUGCUGGUGACCUAGAUUCCACCAUGGGCCUGUGGAUUUCCUUGCUGCUCAUUGUCCUUAUACUGGUGUUAAUUAUUUUGACUAUGUGGAAACAAAUAAGAAAAG